AUGAGCGCGGCGCUCUUCGACGAAGACGACGAGCACGAAGAUGGCAAGUACGGUUCCCAAGCGUUUGUCCGUCGACGGUGGUUUUGGGAGGAGGAGGGUUUCGACAGGAAGAUGAUCUCGAAAUUUGUUACAUGUGGUUUCGAUAACAGCGCUCAGAGAGGGUGUAUAGUGAAUUGGGAAGGGCAAGGAAAUUGUCUCUCAAAGAAAAUAAUAGCAAAGAAAUUGUUUGAAGCAAUGAAUGAAUCAAGGAGAAAGGAGAAGGGCGAUUCCAUGCAAGGACCUGACCUUUUCUGCAGCAAUCCAGUUCCGGAUUUACCAGCUGAGAACAAUUUACAGAUUUUGCGAAGGCCGGGGAGGAGACAAGAGCCAAUAAAGGCACCUCCAGGCUAUCUUUUUGCACCUACAGAUGAAGAUCUCGCUUUCAAAUACCUCUUGGGCAAAAAGCUCCGUAACUUAGUUCCUUAUGAUGUCGUAAGAGAGGCCGAUGUGUACGAGACCCACCCAGAGAAACUUACCCAGAAAUUUGAGAAAUGGGGAGCAAACGGUAAAUGGUACUUCUUCACCACAAGAAGAGGAGACAAUGGUGAUGGCCACACUAAUGACAGAGUAGGGUACUGGAAAGCUACACGGUUGGAUGAGCAAAUGCAAGGUCCUUAUAAUAAAGUUGCAGUGAAGAAAACUCUGGUUUAUUAUUUAGCCAAGCCCCCUCUUGGCACCAAAACCACCUGGAUCAUGCGCCAGAUUGUACUUGUUGACGCUCAAAAGCAGUCCAAUAACCCGGAUGUGUCAAUGACUGACGAUGAAUUGGCAUUAUGUGUCAUCACAAGGAAACGAUUGGUUGACUCAGACUAGAACACCACCAAGAAGGUAAUGGAAGCAUGCGACGUCUGCAGUCUGAGCUUGAUUCUGAAGUUGUAUGGAGAGUUUACUUUUUGGAUAGAUUCCAAAUUUUGAUUCAACUGGGCAUUUUGAUCUGUAUACGAUAUUUUCCAGAUGCAUGCGUCUUGAAAAUUCUAGCUAUACAGUUAAUUCAAUUUCAGUUUCUCGGGUUGUGUAG